AUGCCAUCCGGAGGCGACCAGUCGCCGCCGCCCCCGCCACCCGCUCCGGCGGCGGCGGCGGCCGGCUCCGAGGAGGAGGAGGAGGAGGAGGACGAGGAGGAGGAAGAAGAGGAGGACGACGACGGGGAGGCGGAGGACUCGGCGCAGCCGACCCGGACGCCGACCCCUCAGACCCAGCAGCGCUUCGACGAGCUGUGCUGCCGCCUCAACAUGGACGAGGCGGCGCGGGCGGAGGCCUGGGACAGCUACCGGAGCAUGAGCGAGAGCUACACGCUGGAGGGAAAUGAUCUUCAUUGGUUGGCAUGUGCCUUAUAUGUGGCUUGCAGAAAAUCUGUGCCGACUGUAAGCAAAGGGACAGCUGAAGGAAACUAUGUGUCUUUAACUAGACUCCUGCGAUGUUCAGAGCAGAGCCUAAUUGAAUUUUUUAACAAGAUGAAGAAAUGGGAAGAGAUGGCAAAUCUACCCCAAGAUUUCAGAGAACGGACUGAGAGACUAGAAAGAAACUUCACCGUCUCUGCUGUCAUUUUUAAGAAAUACGAGCCCAUUUUUCAGGACAUUUUUAAAUAUCCUCAGGAGGAGCAGCCUCGUCAACAAAGAGGAAGAAAGCAGCGGCGUCAGCCUUGCACCGUGUCUGAAAUUUUCCACUUUUGUUGGGUGCUUUUUAUAUAUGCCAAAGGCAAUUUCCCCAUGAUUAGCGAUGACUUGGUCAACUCUUACCAUCUGCUGCUGUGUGCUCUGGACCUAGUCUAUGGAAAUGCCCUUCAGUGUUCCAACCGCAAGGAGCUUGUGAACCCCAAUUUUAAAGGCCUGUCGGAAGAUUUCCACGCCAAGGACUCCAAGCCUUCCUCCGACCCGCCCUGCGUCAUCGAGAAACUCUGCUCCUUGCACGACGGCCUGGUUCUGGAGGCCAAGGGGAUAAAGGAGCACUUCUGGAAGCCCUACAUCAGAAAGCUCUACGAGAAGAAGCUCCUUAAGGGGAAAGAAGAAAACCUUACAGGCUUCCUGGAGCCUGGGAACUUCGGAGAGAAUUUGAAAGCCAUCAGCAAGGCCUACGAGGAGCACGUGCUGACGGCCGGGAACCUGGAUGAGCGGGUGUUCCUCGGGGAGGAUGCCGACGAGGACCUCGGGCCGCUCUCCAGGUCCCUGAGCGCCGGGGCGGGAGCGGAGAGUGCGGAGAGGGCGCAGGUGAGGAACGUCCUGCAGCAGCAGCUGGACAAGUCUAAAGCGCUUAGAAUCUCCACGCCGCUCACGGGGGUGAAGUACAUUAAGGAUAACAGCAGCCCCUGUGUGACCCCGGUCUCCGCAGCCACGCACAGCCUGAGCCGUCUGCACACCAUGCUGGCGGGCCUCCGGAACGCGCCCAGCGAGAGACUGGGCCAGAUCCUGAGAACAUGUUCUAGAGAUCCAACCCAGGCCAUUGCCAACAGAUUGAAAGAAAUGUAUGAAAUAUAUUCUCAGCAUUCCCAGCCAGAUGAGGAUUUGGGUAAUUGUGCUAAAGAAAUUGCCAGCAGACACUUCCGUUUUGCAGAGAUGCUUUACUAUAAAGUAUUAGAAUCCAUUAUUGAGCAGGAACAAAAGAGACUGGGAGACAUGGAUUUAUCUAGCAUUCUGGAACAAGAUGCAUUCCACAGAUCACUCUUGGCCUGCUGCCUCGAGGUUGUCACUUUUUCCCAUAAGCCUCCUGGGAAUUUUCCAUUCAUUACUGAAAUAUUUGAGGUGCCACUUUAUCACUUUUACAAGGUGAUAGAAGUCUUCAUCCGAGCAGAAGACGGCCUUUGCAGAGAGGUGGUGAAACACCUCAAUCAGAUUGAAGAGCAGAUCCUGGACCAUCUGGCCUGGAAGCCAGAUUCUCCACUCUGGGACAGGAUCAGAGAGAAUGACAGCCGUGUCCCUGCCUGUGAGGAGGUCAUGCCAGCUCAGAACCUGGAGAGAGCAGAUGACAUCUGUAUGGCCGGCUCCCCUUUGACCCCCAGGAGAGUGAGUGAGGUUCGCGCUGACCUUGGAGGAGUUGGCAGAGGCAUCAGCUCUCCAACCACGCUGUAUGACCGGUACAGCUCCCCGACCGCCAGCUCCACGCGCAGGCGGCUCUUCGUGGACAGCGACGGCCCCUCGGACAGAGGAGCGCCGGGCCGCCUGCCCCCGCAGCCCCUGGUCAGCGCUGUGCCCGUGCAGAGCGUGCCCGGGGAGGCGGUUCCCGUCACACCGGUUCCCGGCCAGACCCUGGUCCCCAUGGCGACGGCCACUGUCACCGCCAACAAUGGACAGACUGUGACCAUUCCUGUCCAAGGCAUCGCCAAUGAAAACGGAGGGAUCACCUUCUUCCCGGUGCAAGUGAACGUCGGGGGGCAGGCCCAGGCCGUGCCGGGCUCCAUGCAGCCGCUCAGUGCCCAGGCGCUGGCUGGGAACCUGGGCGCUCAGCCGGUGCCAGGAGCCGCCUUGCAGGUCCCGGGGCCGGCGGCCCUUCCGCAGCUCUCCCCCGGCGGCCAGCAGAAGCCAGCGCCCCCCGUGCCCGGCGGCGGCAGGCCCCGGAAGACCAGCUCCUUAUCGCUCUUCUUCAGGAAGGUUUACCACUUAGCAGGGGUCCGCCUUCGGGACCUUUGUGCUAAGCUGGAUAUUUCCGAUGAGCUAAGGAAAAAAAUCUGGACCUGCUUUGAAUUCUCCAUAAUUCAGUGUCCUGAGCUUAUGAUGGACAGACAUCUGGACCAGUUGUUGAUGUGUGCCAUUUACGUGAUGGCAAAAGUCACCAAAGAGGACAAGUCCUUCCAGAACAUCAUGCGUUGCUACAGGACGCAGCCACAGGCCCGGAGCCAGGUGUAUAGAAGUGUUUUGAUAAGAGGGAAAAGGAAAAGAAGAAACUCUGGCAGCAGUGAAAGCAGAAGCCAUCAGAAUUCUCCCACUGAACUGAACAAAGACAGAACCAGCAGAGACUCCAGCCCCGUCAUGAGGUCCAGCAGCACCCUGCCCGUGCCCCAGCCCAGCAGCGCCCCUCCCACUCCCACCCGCCCCACCGGGGCCAGCAGCGACCUGGAGGAGGAGGAGAGGGGAGACCUCAUCCAGUUCUACAACAACGUCUACAUCAAACAGAUCCAGACGUUUGCCCUCAAGUACUCGCAGGCCAACGUGACGGACGCCCCUCCGCUGUCCCCCUACCCGUUUGUCAGAGCUGGCUCCCCUCGCCGCGUGCAGCUGUCCCAGAACCACCCCAUCUACAUUUCCCCGCACAAGCACGAAAUCGUGCUUUCUCCCCGAGAAAAGAUUUUCUACUACUUCAGCAACAGUCCCUCCAAGAGACUAAGAGAAAUUAACAGUAUGAUACGGACAGGAGAGACGCCAACCAAAAAGAGAGGGAUUCUUUUGGAAGAUGGAAGUGAAUCGCCUGCCAAAAGGAUUUGCCCAGAAAACCACACCGCCUUAUUACGCCGUCUGCAAGAUGUAGCUAAUGACCGAGGUUCCCACUGA